AUGUGGGGUUCCACAGUCGGCGCGGACCCGCAGGCACCACGGGCCGCAUGCCCAGCGGCGGUCGCCUUCCCCUCGAUCCACGCAGCAGGGCACGCCUCUGACAAGCCUGCCUGUCGCGAGACACCUGUCUCCACGAGCGCUCGCGACGCGUCUCGGAGUGGGAUGAAUUCUUCUCGUUCGGCCUUUAAUUCGCCUUCUUUCCUCUCUCGAGCCGUCCACCUCGCGUACCAAGAAGUGAUUCCUCGCCGCCCUGCCGGUGGCGACAGGCGCGCCUCUCUGGUUGUCGUUUUGCACGGCAUGUUUCGCAACAGAGACGACAUGCUCGAUCUCUGCGCGCGUCUCCACGCCGAGCGCGUCCUCGCCGUCGACCUGCGCAACCACGGCGCGUCGCCUUUCACCUCUUCCAUGUUUCUCGAAGACAUGGCCGCCGACGUCAUCGCCCUCAUUCAGCGCGAAACCGCCAAGAUGGAAGCAGACUCUAUUAUGCCGCAAAGAGGAAAACGAGGAGUGGGAGAAGAAAGAGAGGGCGAAGAAGGACUCGAGGGCGAUGUGUGCCGCCGUUCCGACCGAGAAGAGGUCUCUUCCUCAGACGCAAGGUGCUGCUGCCUGGUAGGGCACAGCCUCGGCGGCCAGGUGGCGAUGGCGGCGGCGCUACGGGCUCCAAGGGGACUGAUUCAGAGCAUCGUUGCUCUCGACAUCUGUCCUGUGAAUUAUUACGACUGGCCCUUGCCGCGCUCAGGCUCUUUCGACGUACGCGAACUGGUCGAACUCGCGGCCGCGCUUCCCACAGAAGUGCCCGGGGGCAAGAGCGGAGUGAUUCGAAAACUUGAAACGGAGAUGCCGCUGCUGGCCGGCGGCAUCGACUCUCUCCUCGUUCUCCUGGAAAAAGCAGAAGGAGAGGGCCAGGCUGAGGGAAAAGGACAGGAAAAAGAAGAGACAACUGGUAGCGACGACGCAGCGACCGAAGGGCCCAAGGGGAGCGCGCCAGGAGAGGAGGCAGACGGCCUGCGACCUCUGAGGCAAGCAGACAGCCGCGGAGAUAAAGCGGAGAUGAAAGAGGGGAAGAAGGAGAGACGCGGGAAAGGAGAAGACGGGGAGAAAGAAGAGGAUGAAGCGGAUCGGUGCGGAGGUCAUGCAAGGGAGUCAGGAAAAGGGACGCGAGACCUGGGCCAAGCGCCGCCCGCGACAACGUUAAGAUGGAAAAUGAACAUCCAGGUGAUUCGAGACAGCUUCCGCAACGAGACGCUAAAGUGGGAUUUGCCUCCCGCUCUUCCCGCCUCUUCUGCCACGACUCCUUCUCUUCCUCCUUCCGCUCCUCCUGAAGUGUCUUCGGCGACUUCCCGUGCAGCGCAUGCAGCGGUGGCGAGCUUCCAUGAACCGCCUGCGCCGUUUCUCGGUCCCGUUCUGGUCCUUCGCGGGCUCGCAUCUCCGUGGGUGAACCCUGAGAGACACUGGGAGGCAGUGAAAAGGUACUUCCCAGCUGCGCGGGGCCUCGCCCUCGAGGCCGCAGGGCACGCAGUCCACAUCGACCAGCCUGCGGGAACCGCGGCAGCGAUCAACGAGCUUCUGGAGGAAGUAAUGGAGACGCCUCCGCGGGUUAGUUGA